AACGUAUCAAACAAUCAUCAUUGAUCAAAGCCUCCCUCCACCACCGUGCUUCUGGACGCUUCCUCUUUUUCUAGAGCUGCGUGGCGAAAACGCACCGUUUUAUUCAGUCUCUAACAAGGGAGAAGUGGGUGCGCAACAAUGGCAGAGAAACCCCAACCGGUUCGGGCCAUGUACUGCGGUGUAUGCAGCUUACCCCCUGAAUACUGCGAAUUCGGAUCCGAUUUCGAUAAAUGCAAACCCUGGUUGAUCCAAAAUGUCCCCGACCUAUACCCCGAUCUUCUUAAAGAGGCUAAUGAAAAGGAAGCUGAUAAAGUUGCUGACAAGCUACAAAGUACUGUUAUAUCUUCGGGAGGUAGUGAUGGAGCCGCUUCCUCAGCACCUAAGCAAGAAGAGGUGAAACGUCUUCCUGGUGGGAAGAUUAAGAAAAAGGAGAAGCAAGAGGUUGUUAUUGAGAAGGUCAUACGAAACAAGCGAAAGUGUAUUACCACUGUGAAGGGCCUGGAACUUUUCGGUGUCAAGCUCAGUGAUGCUUCAAAGAAACUUGGGAAAAAAUUUGCUACAGGAGCUUCUGUUGUCAAGGGCCCAACUGAGAAAGAACAAAUUGAUGUUCAAGGGGAUAUAGCUUAUGACAUUGUGGAGUUCAUUACAGAAACAUGGCCUGAUGUUCCAGAAACAGCAAUUUUCUUUAUAGAAGAUGGGAGAAAGGUUCCAGCUGCUUGAUUUUGAUAUCUUGGCUCUAAAACUUAGGACUGAUGGCUAGACUCUGCUAUAUUACUGUACUUUUGAAGUCAGAGGCUGAUAAACUUAUUAGUAAAUGUUUUAAAGUAAUUUUAGCCAUUCAAGUCCCCCAC